CGUUUAUCCUGUAAAUAGACGUGUGAUAUAAAAGCACGUUUUAAUUUAUUUUUAGAUUUAGAUUUAGUUUUUUUCCAAGUUCUUGUACCUGUUGGGAGUAAAACAACCAAAAUUUUUAUGAUGACCAAAAAAAUUGCAUUAGUAGCUGCUUGUUGCCGUUCAAAUGGUAUCGGUAAAGAUGGUAACCUGCCAUGGCGAUUGAGAUCUGAAAUGGAUUUUUUUACACGAAUCACAUCGACCGUUUUGGAUUCGGCUCCAGGUUUGGCUGGUGAUGAACAAGUGAAAAAGAAUGCCGUCAUAAUGGGUACACGUACAUACAUGUCGAUUCCGCCAUCAUUUCGGCCAUUAAAAAAUCGUGUCAAUGUUGUGCUUAGUCGAACAAUCAACGAAGCACCGGCUGGUGUUGAAUUUCUAUUUCGUAGCCUUGAUGAAGCCGUGAAAAAAUUAUCAGAAAUGCCAAAUAUUGAUCAAUUAUACGUAAUUGGUGGUUCUGAAGUAUACAAUGAAUCUGUGGCUCGUUCAGAUUGUGAUUUAAUUUUUCUCACCAAAAUCGAUGCUGAUUUUGAUUGUGAUCGUUUUUUUCCGUCAAUCGAUCUUGAUCAAUAUGAAGAUAUUACGGAUGAAAAAUUGUUGGAAAAAUAUCGUCAUAUUAUCGAUAAAUAUGACAUACCAUUGGAUGUUCAAAAGGAGAAUGGCCUUUCAUUUCGUUAUCAUUUAUAUAAACGUAAAUAAAACUUGAAUACAACCAUACUACUUCGAUCUGGUGAUUUUUAAAUUCACAAAGAAAAUUUUAACCAUUUUUGCCAAACAAACAAAAAAAUUAUUUUUAUUUUCAAUGAA